UCACAACAACUGCUUCAAAACUCCCUAAUCCUAGUACGCCGUCGUCUCGUUCGGUUCCGAGUCAGAGUGCUCCGCCGAUUGAGAGGCCCGUUUCAUUUGAUCAGGAGUAAAGCCGCCCCCGAAAUGUAGCGCAGCGUAACUUGCCAGUGACCGUCAGGUGUGGCUAGUUGCAGCCUACUCGCUCCUUUGUUCUACCUCCCAUCAUGUCUUUCGUGGGGAUCUUUUGGGACUACGAGAACUGUCAGUUCAUGUCGGGUUGCUCCGGCUUCGAUGUGGCGAAGAACAUCGAGCGAGUCGCUCUUGCGCACGGUCCAAUAGCCAGUUUUAACGCCUACCUUGAUCUGCAACAAUGUGCCGUCCCAGCGAGCAUGCGAUCAGAGCUGCAGUCAACCGGGGUCGCCCUCGUUGACUGUCCCCACAAUGGGCAAAAGGACGUAGUGGACCAGAUGUUACAGACGGAUAUGUUGGUCUUCGCUUUGGAUCACCCUGCGCCGGCCACCAUUGUUCUCAUCUCCGGAGAUCGAGACUUCGCUUACGUGGCAUCCAUACUUCGAAGGCGAAUGUACAACGUUGUCCUGAUCUGUCAUUCGACGCCGGGUCCACACAAGAGCCUGCUCCAGCAAGUGUCUACCCAUAUCGAUUGGAAUACGCAAGUCCUUGGGCUACCAGGCUCAUCCUUGGACCAUCUCCGGCGACCUUCAGCGCAAGCCCCUCCGCCAUCACGACCCCCACUUCCGCCUGCUUCGUCCAACAGGACACUAACGUCGUCCAGUACUCCAAUAUUCGGUGCAGCCAACCCGCAGAAAUUGACAAAAGACGAGCUGCCUCCAUCCGCCACGGAGCCGCCUUUUGCCAGCGAGGACGUCGUGACACCAGUUCACACGCAGCGCAUGUCGAGUCCUGGCCAACCCGGCUCGUCACCAACGCCAAACGAUGCGCGACCUUUGCAAGACUCAGAAAAAGCGGUCGACGCGGCGAAGCUUUCGUCGCCACCAUCCGCCAAACCCACAGUUUCCUCACCACAUUCCUCGGCGGACGUAUCUGUCAAAUUUUCACCCCUCAUCGCUGCAUUGCAUGACAGCAACGCAUCUACCAGCGUGGCGUCGUCGGAUAGUGAUGCCACGAGCGCCUCGUCGGGCGAAAAAUGUCUAGCGUCGCCUUCAGCAGCAGGGAACGACUCCUCUGUAGCCGAUGAACGCGCAUCUGCUGCGCAAUCAUCCUCCGUAUCGACAAUUUUUUCGACGUCGUCGGUCAGCACCCUAUCGGACGCGCCGACCAGACAGCUUGUUCCGGCAAUAGCUCCGUCGAACUCUCCAGCGCCUGAAAACGUAUUUUCAUGCCUCGUCGACGUCUUACGAUCCCUUCACCUCCACGGUCAGACACGCCCUCGUCGUGCUCUCGUCAAUGUCAACCUCAUGGCCAUUGACCGCCACUUCUACACGAAGGCGGGCUACGAGCGAUUCGGUGAUUAUGUUGGGGCUGCAGUUGCAGCAGGCAUAGUCACUGUUGGCGGCGCUGACACGGGAGAGAACGCGUGGGUUGCGCUGUCGAGCGACUACCUAAAUGAAAGCGCUGCAGAGGUACACCCUUCACCCAUGCGCACUGGAACUUGGGAUGGACAAGAUACACCCUUGGCAAAGAACUCAGCGACGCCUGCGGCAACGCUCCUGCAGCCCUCGCCCGAAUCGCUUGGUGCGAGUUCAAGAUCACCGUCCGAUCUCUCAUCUCCUACAAUUUCUACCCCAAUCAACACUCCGAGCUCCCCUCCAUCCUCCGAGACAGUCAAGCAGUUUGACAUUCUCAUCAGCGUUAUGCUUCUCCUGCUCGAGGCCGGAAAUGUGCGACCACGCCCGCACGAGGUCUCUCUCCGUUUGCUUCGUGCAAAUAGCCAGCUAUACAAGCAAUCGGGAGUGAAGGACAUCCAAGCGUACUGCGCGCUUGCAGCAGCCGCUGGAGUACUCGAGCUUGGCGGCGAAGACACGAAUGCGUGGGUGUCUCUAGCGCCGCGGUAUGCCGCACUACUUCGUGCGCUCCCCGAUGUGCUGGAUCCCGAUGUUCCGCUUCACUUCGGGCCGCUGGUCCAACUGCUUCGUGCACAGAUACGUGCUGGGUAUCUGCGGUCUAAUUGCAGCGUUAUCGGCGGGAUACUUCGUAACCGCGAUCCUGCUGUGUUCAAAAAGGCGGGCGUCUCGGACUAUGCUGCUUACUUGCUACAAGCGAGCGAAGCUGGAUUGGUUACUCUAGGUGGCGGGUCAAAGGAGGGCGAAUCUACCGGGCAGCCCUCGGUGACCCUUGCAGAUGCCUGGCGCGAGCAAACGUCAGUCUGCUACGCCUAGAAAUAAACAUAUUGUAUCUUGCUUUUGACUAUGCAACUCAAAAUCAUACCUACAUAUAUGUGCUCAUUCGCCUUAUGUUACUAUACUGUAACAUAUGCUCUGCCAUAUCCUACGCUUGUACGCAGAAUAGUAAAUGAUCAACAGAGAAACCUGCUCGG